GUGUGCAGAGGAUAAAAGUCCAGCUUCGUUCUUCUCGUCCCUCAGUUUUUGCCGUUUGUGGAGUCGCUUUGACAGAAAACCUGAAACAUGAAGCUGUAUCUGCUGCUGCUGUUGCUGCUGCCGCUCGUCUCAGCGGAGGAGUCUUACAUCGAGUGUUACGGUGAGGACUUCCUGCUGGUCAACAACCUGCUGCUUCAGUGCAGCAGCAAAGUCCAACAAGCCUGCUACACCCGAGAUAACGGAGAGAAAGGCUGCACUCAGCUGGAGAGCUGCUCCAAACCCGGCUGGACCUGCUGCUAUAGCGACCGCUGCAACGCCUGAGCCAAUCACAGCCCUGCAAACACCGAGGGACAUUUCCCAGAAUGCAGUGUGGGUUCUGGACUUUGAGUUUCUGUAAUAACCUCUGUGACUUCCUGAGUUUGUGAAUAAAGUUCAGGAAUCAUUUGAAAGCU